CGUUCGGUCGUGCAUUUUUGUAUCUAACUAAAUCAAUGCAAUGAACGACAUCCGCCGACUGAAGGAGCAACAGAAGGAUAAACAUCCCGCAUUCGGUUCCUACCUGGAGUGUAUGACCCGGGCCCUGUUCACCGGAUUGGCCACCUUCACGCUUGGAUUUUCCUCGAUAUAUUUUCUGCAGAAGCUGGUGGCGAAGCGCCUACCCUAUCCGCAGAAAUCGGCCAUCCUGGUGUCGACGGUGAUUGGGACAGUCGCUUCCUACAAGGUGACCGCAGACCGGACCAAAUCCUGCCAGGCUGGUUGGAUGGCAGCAGAGGACAAAUUUACUGCCCUGUCGGAUAACCAAUUGUUGGAACCGGAGGAAGAGGGUGAACGUGUGCUGUAGGAGCAGGGUGGCAAUGGCCACUAGCCUGAUGAGGCGAUGCUUCCGCGGGGCUUUGAUCCGGGGAGCAUUAAUGGGCAGGACGACUGUUAAGUUAGGAAGCAUUUCUGCUAGUUUUAGAUGUAAAUAUACGGACGCGAAUAAGUUUAAAGGUUUUAA